AUGGCGUACAGCGGCCUGAGCUGGUUUAUUCUUCGGAGAGAAAACGACGCCAAAAAGGUGCUCCGACCAUCUGGAAUGCGUCGGUCGGAAUUCGGGCAGGACAGUGGCGAGCGGUCUCCGGUCGAAGCUUUGCAGCAGCUUCAAUGGCGGACGCGUGAUAGCGUGAAGAAGAAGAAAGCCUUGCUGUGGGAUAUCAGGAGAUUUUCCGAACCAACUGUUGAGCUGAGUAAACACGAAGGGCCCGUUAAACUUUUACACUUGGAUCGUCACAAAAUCGUAACUGGUGGGCCGUAUGAUUCCUAUAUAAAAGUUUGGGAGACCGAUACAGGCGAACAUUUGAAUUCAUUGAUCUCUUCUGGUGAAGAUGGAAAACAAAAUUACACGGGAUGCUCCACAAUGGCAGUUGACAGCAUACGGGGAAACUCUCUGUUGCGCUUCAGGGAUUUCAUGACCGCCACCUGGCGUGUGCCGUCUGGCCCGUACAAACCGGACCCAAGUGCUUCCAAGUUCUAA